AUGCCCUUCCUCAUAGUGGCCGAAGAAGCGGGAUAUUCGAAGGUGCAAAGCUUUUAUCAAGACCAAGUAAUCUUCAUCACAGGUUCCACUGGAUUUCUUGGCAAAGUGCUGGUGGAAAAAUUGCUGCGUUCGUGCCCAGGCAUCGAGCGAAUUUACUUGUUGAUCCGACCAAAGAAAGGCUCGAGUCCAGCAGAAAGGUUGGAAGUUUUCUUAGGUUCAGAGUGUUUCAAUCGGUUGCGUCAAGAAUGUCCAAGUAGCUUGAACAAGCUACAAGUCGUCGAAGGCAACCUCACGGAUGAAAAAAUGGGCUUGAAAUCCAGUGACUACGAAUGCCUAACUGCAGAGGUGUCCGUGGUGUUUCACAGCGCAGCAACCAUCAGAUUCAACGACACUUUAAGAAACGCUGUGAAGAUAAACAUGGAAGGCACAAAAAGAGUGCUGGACCUUUGCCAUAGCACCAAAGGGAUGAAGGCCUUUGUUCAUGUCUCGACAGCAUACGUCAACUCCGAUGACAAGAUUUUGGAGGAGCGAAUAUACUCACCAACGGUAGAGCCGGAUCACAUCAUUUCGCUAACAAAGUAA